UUGGAAAAGUAUAUCAAAAGAACAAACACGGCACUGGUUGACAUGAAAUUGAAGAGUCAAUGCUUCCAUAUCCUCAUUUUGAUGAAAACAGAGGAAUUGGCAAGUCUGAGAAUGAGCAGAGGAAUGAUUUCACUAGUUUUUCUCUUACUAUUUUGUUCUUGUUUGCAGUUUGGCUCUUCAGCAGACACCAUAACUCCAUCAAAAUCUAUCAAAUAUCCAGAAUCCAUAGUCUCCAAUGGCAGCAAGUUCCAACUGGGAUUCUUCAGCCCUGCUAAUUCUACUGAUCUUUAUGUGGGAAUAUGGUACAACGGUAUUGACCCUGUAAAAGGCAUCAUAUGGGUAGCAAACAGGGAGAAGCCUCUGAAGGACUCCUCUGGAACGAUGAUGAUAUCUGAGGAUGGCAAUCUUGUAGUUGUGAAUGGGCAGAAGGAGGUUCUUUGGUCAUCCAAUGUUCAAAAGCUGAAAGGUUAUAAUACAAUUGCUAGGCUUCUAGACUUUGGAACCUGGUCUUGCUGGAUAAAACCACUGGCGUGAACAUGUGGGAGAGUUUCCAACAACCUUCUAAUGUUUUUAUGCCAACAAUGAAGCUCGGUGUAGAUUUAAGAACUGGUAAGAAAAUCCAGGGGACAUCGUGGAAAAGCCCUUCUGAUCCAUCUGUUGGUGAUUUCUCUGUUGGGAUCGAGCCUUCCGGCAUACCUCAAUCCUUCGUGUGGAAAAAUUCUCAGCCAUAUUGGCGGAGUGGCCAGUGGAAUGGUCAGGUAUUUGUUGGAAUACCAGAUGACAUAUUCCGAUCUUUAUAAGUUUAGCCUUGAUACUGAUAAAGAAAAAACCUUUUAUCUU